AACCCACCGAAAGAAAGCUCCAAACCCAACAAAAAAGAAGGCGGCGGAGAAGCAAACAACGGCAACAAAAAAAUGCAACCAGAGAUUUCAGAUCAAAUAUUCUAUUCCUUCCUCACCGGAGGAUUAUGUUCCUCGUCGAAUUCCUCCACCACAACAUCGUUGUUUUCCCCUUUUGCCAUAGAAGACAAGGUUGCUGAAGACAAAGCUCUUGCUUCUCUGAGGAACCAUAAAGAAGCUGAGCGAAAGAGAAGAGAAAGAAUCAAUUUCCAUCUCAACAAGCUCCGCAACUUACUCUCUUGUAACUCCAAGACAGACAAAGCCACACUACUAGCAAAAGUGGUUCAACGAGUCAAAGAACUAAAACAACAAACCCUAGAAAUCACCGACGAAACAUUACCGUCGGAGACAGACGAAAUCAGUGUACUCAACUUUGAAGACUGUUCCAAUGACGACGGUCGACGGAUAAUCUUUAAGGUAUCGUUUUGCUGCGAGGACAGGCCAGAUCUCUUGCAAGAUCUCAUGGAGACACUCAAAUAUCUUCAGAUGGAAACUCUCUUUGCCGACAUGACAACAGUCGGUGGUCGAACAAGAAACGUUCUUGUUGUGGCCGCCGACAAAGAGCAUCACGGCGUCCAGUCGGUGAAUUUUCUACAGAACGCACUUAAGUCUUUGCUCGAACGGUCAAGCAAGUCGGUGAUGAUGGGACAAGGUGGUGGUGGGGAAGAAAGGUUAAAACGACGUCGUGCUCUGGAUCACAUCAUAAUGGUCUGAUCUUGAUGAGACUUGAGCACUAAUUAUUUAGGGUUUAAUUUUAUCAUAUUAUCAAUUAACGUGGUUAUAAUUA